UUUGGCUUCGGAUCUAGUGCUUCAUCUUUUGGUUAGCUUUGAUUGAAUACAAAAAGAGGAAGGAGAUCGGUUUAUGCAAGUGCUUAAAAAAAACAUUUAUGCGAAAGGUUUUGCAAUAAUGACAGUAAAAAUUCGAGGAGUUUGUGCAUAGAUUAGACGUCGGGUGAUCUCAAACGAUAUGAAAACCAUCGGUGCCAAGUUGUGAACUCUUCCGUCGGUAAAUAAUCUUCAAGAGCAAAUAAUAAUAGCGAUAAUGAGUUCCUAAUUGAACAUGCAUAUACAACAUAAACAUUGAUGGUGUGCUUGAAUUCAAAUGUUAUAAACAGAUUCGUUAGAAAAGAAAAUUUGUUCACAUCCGAUUCCAAAAAUAGAUGUUUUAAAUUGAACUAAGGUGAAGAAGCAGUAACCGGAUCUGAAGAUUUCAGUCAUGGGUAUAUUCGCAAUUUGGAUAUUUUCCUCAGCGCUACUUGCCUGCUGCAUAGUUUCCGCUGUGGAUAACGAAAACAUUAAUAUUCUCGUAAAUGUUGAUCCCGACUCGAAAACGUACCAUCAGUUUAAAACACGUGAAGGAUCAUUUAACUAUGGCUACAACGUAGCCAAGACACACUUCAAUCAGUUUCAGCAUAAAGUUAAGGGACCAGAUGAUGUCACGUAUGGGUGUUAUGGUUUCGUGGAUCCCAAAAAUCAUACUCAUCUCUACCAUUAUGUUUCGGAUCUGAAAGGCUAUCGGAUUGUAGCGUUCAACCAGACAACCAAAAUCUACCGAGAACGAGUGGCGGAUAGUGUAAAACAACUACUGCAAGCCGUCGAAGAAAGCCUCUCGUGGGACCAACUUUUCUUUCCAGAGGUAUGCCGGUAUCUCUAUUUGAGCCAGAAAGAAUCGAACCAAUUCUUGCUACCGGAAGGGGUCACCGUUCGCAAAGAUGGCUCAGUAAUUGUCGCACCAAUUCCAAAUACAACUUCAAGGCCAAUCGUACCGGCAAGACCUGUAGUGACUAGUCCGAAGACUACCCAAGCUCCGAGGCCAACACCCACUCCGAAACCCAGUCCUAAGCCCACUCCGAAGCGCACUUACAGUGAUUUUCCGUCAAAUACAGCAAGCAAACCAGUUGACAACUAUCCAAGAGCUCCAACUAAAAACAUAGCAACGAGUCCAAGGACGACCCCGGCAAGUCCGAGGACAACACCCAAGCAAAACCUGAACGCUCCUCCGUCAAAAGUCUAUCCCAAGCCAGCAGAAAUUCAUCCGAAAGCAACCCAAAAACCACAUGAGAAUUCGAUCCUCAACUUGGCAACAACACAGUCGGAAACUGUUCUAGAUCCAACUGACUUGUACGCAAUCGGGCAGGACAUACAAGAGGUCAAGUCCACACUGAAGAAAUUGUUCAAUCAUCUUCUCUCCAGGAAUGUAGAUUGCAACCAACCUUCCGCACUUGGACCAGGACCGGGCUCCAGUUUUGGUUCCCAUCCCAAUGAUGUUGGGCCUGUUUCGAAUGCCGACGUAGGUGUGCCAGGUCGAACAUUGGCCGCAUAUUUACCGAUAAUUGUGGGGGAAUUCGCACACGGGGUAGCAUCGUCCAACUUAGGUGCCAUUCCCGAAGGUGGCUCUGUGAAAUUGGCACUUCCAGCCUAUCCGGCCUUCCAUUCACCACAGUGCCCAGUGUGUCGUAGUGAUAAAAACAAGAAGUGAUUUUAAAGUUUAAUUAUAUUUUCCACCAAAAAUGAACGAAGUUUGUUUUCAAUG